ACACUCUAGAAACACCUUCCGCUCCUGUCCAGUCAUUUUCCUAUUUCCCGUGCAUUUAUGAUUUGAGUUUUAGAUAAACAAUAGAUGAAAUUUUUUGGGUUUGGGAAAUUGGUUUAGGCCUGGAUGCUAAAAUGGCAGGGAGUGCUAAAGGGUCAUCUGAAUAUUUCUUGUUGGAGGACUGUGAAGAUGAUAUUGAAGAGAAAAAUAGUAACAAAAUUGAUAGUGACGAAGACGAUAAUAUUAAUGAAGACGAGAGAUUACCAUUUUCUUCUCAGCAAUGGCCUCAGAGUUACAGGGAGACAAUUGACUCGUACACAAUUGCUGCAUCACCAAAAUUUGGAACCUUGGAACUUGGUUCAAGUAAUAGAUAUUCACCUUUUGAAGUAAAUAACAGUAGUUACUCGCACUCUGAUGUGACAAAAUCUUUGCUCCCCGAAAAGGCAACAGGAGAGGAGAAAGAUAAUGAAGGUGGGAUUAGUAUAGCACGGUUAUCCUCAUCAGAGAAAGCUCCGCUGCAUGAGCAACUCACUGGGGAAUUUCCAGUCAGCCAUGGAUGUAGCUUAAUUCAGACAAUAUUCAACGGAGUAAAUGUGAUGGCUGGGGUUGGUCUUCUUUCUACGCCGUACACUGUUAAAGAAGCUGGCUGGGCUAGUAUGGCAGUGCUGGUCCUUUUUGCAGUUAUAUGUUGUUAUACAGCUACUCUUAUGAUAUACUGCUUCGAGAGCCGGGAAGGCAUCAUAACUUAUCCAGAUAUUGGAGAAGCCGCAUUUGGAAGAUUUGGACGGCUUUUCAUAUCUAUCAUUCUGUACGCAGAAUUAUAUUCCUAUUGUGUGGAGUUUAUCAUUUUGGAAGGGGAUAAUCUCACCAGGCUAUUUCCCGGAGCAAAUGUGGACUGGGGUAGUCUCAAGCUGGAUUCAAUCCACUUCUUUGGAAUACUCACUUGCCUUAUUGUUUUACCAACUGUUUGGUUGAGGGAUCUCCGAGUCAUAUCCUAUCUUUCAGUUUGCGGUGUUCUUGCAACUAUAGUUAUUGUCUUCUGCUUAGUUUUACUCUGUACAGUGGAUAAAAUCGGCAUGUAUCAUACUGGUCAAUUGGUGAACUGGAGUGGUGUUCCGUUUGCUGUUGGUGUAUACGGAUUUUGCUAUUCUGGUCAUUCUGUGUUCCCAAAUAUAUACCAAUCAAUGGCUGAUAAAACAAAGUUCAACAAAGCACUUAUUACCUGCUUUCUGUUGUGUGUUCUAAAAUAUGGAGGUGUCGCGAUCAUGGGAUUUUUGAUGUUUGGACAAAGUACAUUGUCCCAGAUAACUUUGAAUAUGCCCCCUCACUCAGUCAUUUCAAAAGUCGCACUAUGGACAACUGUUAUCAACCCAUUCACCAAAUAUGCAUUAUUGAUGAAUCCUUUGGCCAGGAGCAUAGAGGAGUUGCUGCCUGUCAGGAUCUCUAGUAGUUUUUGGUUUUAUAUUCUCUUGAGGACAGCACUUGUCGUCUCUACUGUCUGUGUUGCUUUUAUUCUUCCUUUCUUCGGUCUUGUGAUGGCUCUCAUUGGUUCUCUUCUUAGUAUACUUGUGGCAGUUAUCAUGCCCGCUUUAUGUUUCAUGAAGAUUCUGGGGAACAAAGCCACUAAAACACAGAUGGUUGUCAGUACGAGCAUAGUUGCAUUGGGCAUUGUCAGUGCAAUACUCGGCACAUACUCAUCCUUGUCUGAAAUUGCGAAAGAAUAUUGAAGCUUCUGUAUGUCCGUACGAUACCUUUGUUUCACUUUCAAUUAUCUUUGUCGAGUUACUCCCUAGUUUUUAUCUUUGCCUUCGACACAGAAUUCAAAUGAAAAGCUCUGGUUCUCGACUCCCACGAUUUGUAUAUCGUCUCAACAGACAUGCACUAAUCAGCGUACCUUGAGGAGGAAGACUCGUAUCAUAGUGUGUACAUUAUUACAUUAGUAUACUUUGUUAGGUGGUUUUCAUCUAGUGAAGUUCUAUACUCUAUAGUUAUAUUUGUAUUGGACGUUUCCAAAUCUGGGGAUACUUGUAUGCAGUUGAAUAAAUAAGAGAGAAUUACUUGAAAUGUCAA